AAGUCAGAAGAUGAUAGUGAAAAAUGGUCUAAAUCAGUGAUCAAGCUCACCAAAGCACAGAAAACUCUUCUUCAAGAAUUCAAAGAAAGCUUUGAGGGACGUAAAAAGGAAAGUCAUAGCUUCAAUCAAGGAUCAUGUACUGCAGAAAUUCGAAAUGUCUCUGGACAUACUUGUCACUUAAACCAGUCAGCCGUUUCAAAAAUGCUCAAAG